UAAACAUAUACUAAAUUAAUUUUUUUACAAAAAUCAGUUUUUUAACAUAAAAUACUAUGCCUGAUUAUCUUGGUUCUGAUAUGAGAAAGACUCGUAAAGAUAACGAGAAAGACAAUGAUAAACCAAUUCAAGCUCUAGAUGAGGGCGAUAUUGCAGUGCUAAAGACAUAUGGCGCUGGUUCUUAUAGCAAUGCAAUUAAAUCCGUAGAAAAUGAUAUAAAGUCAAUUUCAAAACGUGUUAAUGAAUUAACAGGUAUAAAAGAAUCUGACACAGGUCUUGCUGCACCAGCUUUAUGGGACCUUGCAGCGGAUAAACAAACAUUGCAUUCUGAGCAACCACUUCAGGUUGCACGAUGUACAAAAAUUAUAAAUGCUGACUCAGAUGAUCCCCAAUAUAUUAUUAAUGUUAAACAAUUUGCAAAAUUUGUCGUUGAUCUCGGUGAUCAGGUUGCUCCAACUGAUAUUGAAGAAGGAAUGAGAGUUGGAGUGGAUCGAAAUAAAUAUCAAAUUCACAUUCCACUUCCACCAAAGAUUGAUCCAACAGUUACAAUGAUGCAGGUUGAAGAAAAACCUGAUGUUACUUAUGCUGACGUUGGUGGCUGUAAAGAGCAAAUAGACAAACUCAGAGAAGUUGUUGAGACACCAUUAUUACAUCCUGAGCGUUUCAUUAACCUUGGCAUCGAUCCACCAAAAGGUGUUCUUCUAUAUGGUCCACCAGGUACUGGUAAAACAUUAUGUGCUCGAGCAGUUGCUAAUAGAACAGAUGCAUGUUUUAUUAGAGUUAUUGGAUCAGAACUUGUACAAAAAUAUGUUGGGGAGGGAGCUCGAAUGGUCAGAGAAUUAUUUGAAAUGGCUCGUAGUAAAAAAGCUUGCAUAAUAUUUUUUGAUGAAAUUGAUGCUGUAGGUGGAGCUCGUUUUGAUGAUGGUGCAGGGGGAGACAAUGAGGUUCAGAGAACAAUGCUAGAAUUAAUCAAUCAACUAGAUGGUUUUGAUCCAAGAGGAAAUAUUAAAGUCUUAAUGGCUACAAACAGACCAGAUACUCUCGAUCCUGCAUUAACUCGACCAGGUAGAUUAGAUAGAAAAGUUGAGUUUUCAUUACCAGAAUUAGAGGGCCGCACACAUAUUUUCAAAAUUCAUGCUCGUUCAAUGAGUGUAGAUAGAGACAUACGUUAUGAAUUGUUAGCUAGGUUGUGUCCAAACAGUACUGGGGCUGAAAUUCGAAGUGUCUGCACAGAGGCUGGUAUGUUUGCUAUUCGCGAAAGGAGAAAGGUUGCUACGGAAAAAGACUUUUUAAAUGCAAUUCAAAAAGUAAUAAAAGCUUAUGCGAAAUUUAGUGCCACUCCAAAAUACAUGACGUAUAACUAGGUCCAAGUUUUUCACCGAAAUAAUUUUUUUCUCGUGUUUCUUCAAUGUAUUGUAACUUAUUACUUAUCAGGUUAAAAUAUAAAUACUAAAACUAAAA